UCUAAACCUUUACUUCAUUAGGUACAAAGUUUCAUAUGGACUCUAAAGUAUGUGGUCUCACUGUUGACCUAGAAGGUGUUGAAAAGGAAGAAGGGGAGGAUUAUAUGUUUUCCAAGAAUGAAAAAUCUGUGAGAGUUACGACCUUACCUCAGCCUAGAACAGUUUUGUACAGUGAAUUACCUGAAAGAGAAGAAGGAGAAGGUGAAGAAACUCCAAACUUCAGCCACUGGGGACCACCUCGGACUGUUGAGAUCUUCAGAGAUCCUCAUGUGUCUCUUGGAAUAAGUAUUGUUGGUGGACAAACUGUCAUAAAGCGCCUAAAGAAUGGAGAGGAACUUAAAGGGAUCUUUAUCAAACAAGUUUUGGAAGACAGCCCAGCAGGAAGAACAAGAGCUUUAAAAACUGGAGAUAAAAUACUUGAGGUUUCUGGGAUAGAUCUACAAAAUGCCACACACGAAGAAGCAGUGGAAGCUAUCAAGAAUGCAGGAAAUCCUGUUGUGUUUGUAGUUCAGAGUUUGUCUAACGUACCAAAAGUGGUUUCUGCCAUACAUCCUAAGGGAAUCAAAGUCAGCAAAGAUCAGGAUGCAAACAAAGAAAAUAAGAGUGAAAAGAGAAAGUAUGGGGCCCCACCUCCAAUGAAAUUGCCACCUCCCUACAGAGCGCUUGAAAGGCUGCACUCAGAGGAAGCCAGCGUGGAUGAAGAGGAGGAGGAGGAGGAUGCUUGUGCAGAGAAAAAGAUCAGGCAACGAUAUGCAGAUCUACCAGGAGAGCUGCACAUUAUUGAGCUUGAGAAAGACAAAAAUGGGCUUGGGCUGAGCCUUGCUGGCAACAAGGACCGAUCUCGUAUGAGCAUCUUUGUAGUUGGUAUCAAUCCAGAUGGACCUGCAGGACGGGAUGGAAGGAUGCAUAUUGGUGAUGAGCUUCUAGAGAUAAACAAUCAGAUAUUGUAUGGAAGAAGUCAUCAGAAUGCUUCUGCAAUAAUUAAGACUGCCCCAUCAAAGGUCAAGCUAGUUUUCAUACGAAAUGAAGAUGCAGUCAAUCAGAUGGCUGUUACUCCUUUCCCAUUGCCUACCAGCACCCACCCUUCUAUUGAGGAUCACGGCUGCACUGAGACCCCAAGCAGUGAAGAAGACCCAAGCUUGGACGUUGUCAUGAAAAGCCUGUCUGAUGAGGAGCCCAACAAAGCUGAUGUGAAGUAUAAAGCUGACAAACCGGUGUUGGUGGAUCAGUUGGAAGUAGAGGAGCAGCUCCCAGAAAAUGUCCUUAAACAGAUGAAACAAUCCAAAUCUUCGGCAAAAGUACCAGCCAACUUGCAGGAGAUAUCCCUGGUGUCAGCACCAACUUAUCUCUCUCCAGACACAGAAAUCACAAACCGCAAUGUCUUACCACCUCCAUUGCCUGUGGAUCCAGCGACAUGUCCUAUUGUUCCUGGACAGGAGAUGACUAUAGAGAUAUCUAAGGGUCGAUCAGGACUUGGACUCAGCAUUGUUGGAGGGAAAGACACUCCACUGGAUGCCAUCGUGAUCCAUGAAGUUUAUGAAGAAGGGGCGGCAGCCAGGGAUGGCAGGCUGUGGGCCGGAGACCAGAUCCUUGAGGUGAACGGGAUCGAUCUGCGGAACGCCAACCACGAAGAAGCCAUCACUGCGCUGAGACAGACGCCUCAGAAGGUGCAGUUGGUUGUUUAUAGAGAUGAAGCUCAUUACAAAGAUGAGGAAAACUUAGAGAUUUUCCAUGUAGACAUUCAGAAGAAAACAGGUCGAGGACUGGGGCUCAGCAUAGCUGGAAAACGGUAAGAGUGUCUCUAGUCAGAAUGCACUGCAAACAAGAAGUACUUUGCUUUUUGCCAUUUGAACAGCUGUAGCCAUUAAAUGGAAUAUGAAAUAAAGGAAGAAGUCCUCAAGCAAAAAGACUGCACAUCUGAGUACCCUUCAGGGAUGUUGUGGGGUUGUGAUACUGGCUCCUCCAUUACAGCCAAAGCAGAGCUAUGUAACAAAGGCUGCUGUUCCCUCUGGAAGAUUCCCAAUUUGCAGCAUCGUGUCCCACUUUAUGAAUGAGUGAGGCUCAGUGAACACAUGCAGAACUGGUAGCUUAAUGUUCUGAUGGCUUAAGUGUAGCUGUGGCUGAGCCUGAGAUCCCUAACCAUGGCAGUUCUGAUUUCAACAUAGGGAAAAAAAACCUCCUUGUUUCCAAACACUGGGAUACGCCUUUGAAAAUGAAUUUAUUAAUUAGAUCCAUAUCAUACUCUGUUUCAAAGAGACCAGUUUUGGUGGAAGAUAGGAGCCUGGUAAAGAGAAAGACCCCCAUCCCUCUCAGCUAUGUGAGUGACUAUACAGCACUAGAGACAGUGGUGCUGUGAAUAAAGAGCAGAAUCCGAGAUACUGUGGAGGGUAACAGCUGCUUAAUAAAAUGUGACUUUGUGCUGAUGUGUUUCUAAACCAUUGCUAUUAGAUCAUUCGAGCUAGAGCACUGAUAGAUUUAAUCUUUCAUUGCUAGAAGAGAUUUACAGCAUGACGCAGGCAAGCACUCAUUCAGUGCUGGUGUGUGCGAAUCAUAUGGUUCCUCUUCUGUACUGCCAAAAAAAAA